GACGUUGUAUGCAAUCAGAGUUCAUUUAAAUCAAAAUGCUCGGUGCAUCAGUUGUGCUUCUUGGAACUUUAAGCUUAACAUGUUGCGUCAACGGUUGGGCAUUUGUCUCACGCUGGAGGCCAGAUGAAUCUAGUGAAGAUGUGGAGAUAUCACCUUGGGCGUUGAGACAGCGUUUUCUGCUGGACCUUAUGCUGCAGGUACACAAGCCGCUAUUGCAACAGGAACUGAUUGAAAUGGGUCAUGAGCUCAAUGAAAAUCCAGAGGAUUAUGAAACAGGCACUUGGCCAUUGCUGUUGGAGUUUAUGGACGCAGUGCAUCAGCAACGCAUACUGCGUCCAUAUGGCAUCUACAGUCAGGUGCAGCAGGAGCUGCCACAUCAGCUAAUGGGCGUCUAUCGUUUUCUGGUGCUCGCUAAGAAUUGGAAAAUCUUUCAACGCAACGCCUGCUUCGCCCGCAUUCACUUUCAUCCCGUGCUCUUUGUGAACGCACUUCAGAUGGCAGUGGACGAUAGGGAAGAUUGUGGGGACCUCAGGUUGCCUGCCAUGCAUGAGGUGCUGCCACAGCUGUACUUCGAUAAAGAGAUCAUCCUUGAAGCACAACUCGUCUAUUGGCAGCAGUUGGCGCCAGUGCCAACAAUCAGUCGCAAACGCAGCUGGCGGGAGACAGUUGCUGACAUUCUGUAUCCCAAAUCCUUGAGGCCGUGGAAUUCACAGCAAGUAGAAUGGAUGCCCACGUAUCCAAUGGUCAUCCAAGCGAAGAAAUCUCGCACGACGUUGGUCAGCUUGGAUGUAGAGCUGAAUGGUUAUUGGAAUAGACUUAUCAGUCGUCUCAUGAUUGCAGAUCAGGGUUCAUCUAUAAUAGACGGCGAUCGUUUAAUGGCAUUGCACGAUGAGCGUGAUGAACGCAGGCUGAGUGGGAAUCCAACGAGACCCCAAAAUUAUCUGCUGCUAAUGCACAACAUCAGACAGUUCACCACUCUUUUGCAGCUCGAGCAGUUGGCCCAAAAUGGGACAAGUUCUCUGCAAUUCAUUGAGUCCACGCUGCUGACAACCGGAGGAGUGCCAUACAAAGCAAGCUCAGGCCUCAAUGCCGAUGCCGUUUUGCAGUUGAUAAACGAAUCGAUCGAAGAGCUACGCAAUCACAUUGAUAAGGAGCUAAAAGAUGAUCAUGAAAUGCAGACAAUGUGCACAGUGGGUCGCGUGAUCGCCUCACGUUACUGGCAGCUCUUCAGACAACUGAGUCUGGCCAUCAAUGGCGAUCGCUUACAACCCAAUCUGCUGGGCAUGGCCACCUCUAAUUUGAGGGAUCCCUUUUAUCGUGUACUGCUGCUGCAGCUGGCACAACUAAUUACUGGCUACGAGCAACGAUUUGUCAAGAAGCAGCCAUUGCAUCAACAUCACAAGCAGCAGAAGCAACAAUUGCACUUGAGACACAUUCUCGUGGGACACUUGGAAACCUUUGAUCAGUUGGUGGACAGCGAUCUAAUCAAUUUAAUGGACCAGCAGUUGCUGCAAACACAACGCAAUAAUCUGCGUUUGCUGCGGCGUCGCCUUGUGGCACGUCACAAGCGUUUGAAUCACAAGUCCUUCAACAUCAGCUAUCACAUCUUUGCACCGACUCCAAAAAAAGUUUUGAUCAAAAGUUAUCUGCUGCCCACAGGUAACAAGAAUUCGCCUAGGUUGCUGCUUGACAGUUUUGUCAGCUCCUUGACAACUGGUGACAAUCAAUUCGAACGUCACUUUGCCACUGCUCCAACGUUGCACACACUCAGUGAUCUGUAUGAGGCAAAGCAGCCAUUGGAUGACGGCGUAUCUAGAGACUGUUCAUUUCCUCAUCAUUUGCUUCUUCCUCGAGGCACUGCUGAAGGUUUAAAACUUCAGAUGCUUAUAGAGAUUCAUUCUUGGUCUACUGACGAAGAGAGCUCAGGUUGUGCUUGGGCUGCUAGCGAAGAGAUGGAUUGCACAGCUCAUUUGCUGACAAGCUCUCAAUUUGAUGUGGUUGUCUAUCACAAGACUAUUGAGUUACUCGAGACUGAUCUAUAGUAUACACUCUAUAUAUCUUGUUUUAAAUCUGGUAAAAUAAAAAACAAGAAUAUCUUUCUACGUAUCAGCUUUCAGUUCCAAGAGUACUUUGAGUUUAAAAGAAAAGGUAAAUUUUUCAAACUGUAAAGUAUAUUCUAAUUUAAUUAGUUAUUUUAUACCACUGAAAAAUCAUUUUAAGUCUACGUUUUCAAAUAAUAUUAACCAAUAAAUAAACAAUUAAGAAAGAAAGGUGGGCGAUAUUUCAAAAACGAUUAUUAAAGAAUUAUAAAAAUCCUUUCUCAUUACUAAAAGAUCACAGCGAUAUUUACGGUCUGAUAAUACCCCUACUUGUAUAAUAACUCGUAGAAUGGUUCAUCGACGUUCAAAGGAUGAACAAAUCUUGUCACAAAGUGUGCUUUGCACUUUGCUACUUAAAAAGUUCAGAGAGCUCGCUUUUCAGUUCUGUAUUUUCGGUCCACAGUGAACAUUCUAAAUUUUUCUCAAUUUUUUUUUUGUUUUAUAUAAAAAAAAUUAUGCCGUUUAGUUUAAGAUCUGUCCGUAGAUUAGCUGUGGCCCAGAAUGUUCAGGUUCUUAAGUGCGCUGUGCGCGCCAUGGCCAGCGAUGUGACGCUGCUC